GUUCGUAUUCCGGGUAGCACGUGGUUCGUGCCAGAGGAAGGCUGGUACCACCGGAUCACCGAUCAGCUCCUUCAAACUCGAUUAUUUGCUGCAGUACUCCGUUCGAGGUGGACAAUUUCUAGUCCGUGUCGAUAUUUUUGUUGGGAGUUUUUUUUUCGCAAAAACGCUGGUAUCGCUAAUGUUUUCAUUUUCAGUCGUGAUGAAACGUGCCUAGUUUGUGGUUGCAGUGAAAGUACUAUCAACGAAUCGCAGGAGAGUUUCACCUUCAGAUAAAUAUCAUUUCGAGUUGAUUUCGUUUAGGUAAUGGCUAUGGUUGGAGCAAAGGAAAAUAAAAGAAUGUCUACACUUUUAAAAUGGGCUCAAAAUACGCAAGGAAAAUUUAACGGAAAAAAUAGUAAUGGAACUACAAACGGCGAAAGGAAAUGGAUUCAUCCUCCUGAGGCGUUGCAAAAAGGACACAUAGCAUAUCUCGUCAAAUUUUUAGGCAACACGGUAGUCGAUCAACCAAAAGGUAUAGAAGUAGUCAAGGAAGGUAUACGUAAGUUGCGAUUUAACCAGCAAUUAAAGAAGAGUGAAAGUGGUGCCAAAACUAGAAAAGUCGAACUAACUAUAAGUAUCGAUGGCGUCGCCAUUCAAGAACCUAGGAGUCACAAUAUCAUGCACCAGUUCCCGUUGCACAGGAUAUCGUAUUGUGCGGACGAUAAAGGCGAGAAGAGAUUCUUUUCAUUCAUAGCAAAGCAACCGAAUCAAGUGGAUAACGAAGCAGAAGAAACCCACGAAUGUUUUGUUUUCAUCUCGGAUAAAUUAGCAGAAGAAAUAACGUUAACAAUCGGCCAAGCUUUUGAAUUAGCCUACAAAAGAUUUCUGGAGACGUCCGGAAAAGACUUAGAAUCUCAGCGGCAAGCGAUGAUCCACCAACAAAGAAUCAAACGAUUAGAACAGGAAAGUAACAUAUACAAACAACGAUUGCUAGACAUUUCACACUUCGCCAGUAUUAAGUUAGAGUUAGAUCAAUAUUUGCGCAACCAUGACAUUAAAAAUAUUCUGGAAAUAAUCGGACAGAACGAUAAAACGAGCAACAACAGAACUCCGUCGCUGACCAAUGGUAGCACGAAAUCACUAUUGGAUCUAAGCGAGUCUACCAAUGGAAAUCUGCCUCCAGUUCCACCGAGGAAUUUUGAUAACACGCCAGCAGUAGGAACCAAACUUGAAGGUUUACUCUUCAACGAGUUGGAUCCCGAUAACGAUUUCGAUCCCAGAUCCUUCGAAACCAACUCCACAUCUACCACCAACGGUACCGCAUCUAGUCCACCUCUAAUCGCACCGCCACCAAAAGCAGCCAGGCGGACCAAUUUACUUGUCAAUAAUGGUAGCAGCAAUGAAACGAAUAGGUCCUCAGGUCAAGAUCUGUUCGGAACCGCACCCUUCACACCAAAUUCAACAAGCAACUUUAAUAGUAACAAUAAAGUGUUGGACCCAUUCGAGAUGGGAGAUUUUGCAACUACCCCCACGUCGCAGGACAUUGAGAAUGCUAUCGGAUUAUUGGACAAGAGGAUACUAGAAAUGAAGACUGGAUUUAGCCGUGGAAUCAGUUUCGGCAACGACGAUUUCUCAUUGGAAAUGCUGGAUCCUCUAAAAAACUAACAAUUAUUUAUUAAUAUUAGUUAUAGCAAUAAUAGUACAUUUACCAUGACAUGAGUCAACACUAUCAAAUUGAUAUGUAAAACAUCAUUGUGAAAAAAUAUACCAAAAAUAGAUAAUGUAGUUUAUAAGAAAAUUCAUGUAUGUAUCCAAAAAUCACAAUUUUAUUUUUCAUUUCUUGUUCGAUAUUUUUUAGUAUAUUUUAGCCCCUUAUCAAUUCUUUUGAAAUCACUAGAUCUUAUUUUGAAUGUUUUACGCCGUUUUAUAGACUGUAUUUGGUGAAGUCUUGGACUAAUAUGAGGUAUUUGAAUUUCCACACACUUUCCACACUUUUCUUUCUUAUAUUUUUAUGAUCUGUUCACAACUAGUCCUGUCAACUUCAUUUUUGAAUCUUUUAACUCUUUUAUAUUGCUCAUGUCUCAAGUGCAAUAUCAUCUUUCAUUUGUUCUUGUUUGAAUUCAGUCACAAAUUAUAACAUUUUUAUAUUCUUGUAACGUAUGUAUUCAUAGGCACAUUUUAAAGUAAGUAUCGUUUAAUAAAUCCCAUUUUAAUAAAAGUCGACCAUCAGGUUGAACAAUAACUGCAACACUGUCAUUGGUCUCAUUGUUGUAGACGUGGCACCGACUAUCAAGAUGCCGUUGCUCAUGUAAAAAUCGGGCGUUUAAUUUGGCUUGCCUGGUAUCUGUGUGACACAUGUAGUUAUAGACUGCGUAUGCGUCAAAUGCUGACUUUGGCGAUGCAGAGAUGUGAUUUCCAAAGAGUACAGCAAAUGACAAUUAUGGUAAGAUUACUAAGGAAGUAAAAAUCUUCUCUUGUAGGUAGAUGGUAUAUAAUUUAUAAAAAUUUUCUAAAAAAGAUCCAAGUUGGACUUAAAGUGGGUACAUCACUAGUACAAAACAAACGUUUUCGGACUAAUCAGUCCAUCAUCAGGUUAAAAACUUCAGAUCCAAAGUAGUUGGAAUAGGUAGGUCGAAUGACCUUACCAGUAUAAAAAUUAACCAUUUCGGCUACAUCGAUGGCGACAAUAAGUCGAUGUUAUAAGAAUACAAUGUAAUUAGACUAUAAUGGAGUCUUCAUCUUGGCUUCAAACUGACAGACUUAGAUGGAAUGGCUUAAUUUUUAUACUGGUAAGGUCAUUCGACCUACCUGUGUAGCUAGUUCCAACUACUUUGGAUUUGAAGUUUUUAACCUGAUGAUGGACUGAUUAGUCCGAAAACGUUUGUUUUGUACUAGUGAUGUACCCACUUUAAGUCCAACUUUGAUCUUUGUUAGAAAAUUUUAAUAAAUUAUAUACCAUCUACCUACAAGAGAAGAUUUUUACUUCCUUAGUAAUUUUUUAUUAUGGUAUACAGCCAAUGAGAGGAAUUUUAAAUUAUGUUAAGGUUUCGUAGCUAAGAUUUUUCAUCUAAUUUUACCGAUACUGGUAAAACAAAUCGUCCAUCUGAACACUGUUGUCAUACGAACCCUUCACAAAAACGCAACUAAUUGAAUUUCCAGCUUGGAAUUUGGAAUCAUAUCGCUGAUGGGAGGAGUCAGGUAAUCUCAGGCAAAAACAGGUCUUUUGCGCACUUCAUCAUAAUUCGUGUCUGUAGUGCUUAUUUUAAAAUGUGCCCGUACCUUCAAAUCUUUAUUAUAGUAGCAAAUAACAUAUCUAGCUUUUUAAAUAUCUUUUGCCACAGUUUUUGUAGCAAAUUGUUGUUUCAUUUAUGUUGUUUCAUAGUUUUAGUGGGUUAUUCUUGCUCUUUCUAUAUUUUAAUAAAACAAUUAAAUAAACAACCUGUUUGAAAUUACGGUAGUUUCAAAUAAUCGGUUAUAUUUUGUUGAUUCAUGCUUUUGUAAAUGUAUUAUUCAAUGUUUGUCAUAUUGGCAAGAAAAAUUCGUGAUUUAAUGACUACGUCAAAAAAAUUUUAUACAUAAUUUUAAGUUAUAUAUUUUCCUCAAAGAAGUAUUAUAAUUCAUAUAUAGUAUGUUUUUGUGAAAUUCUUUUGUUGUGUACAUUAUUGUUAUAAGAUUUAUAUAUUUCUAAUUUCUUAAAUAUAAAUAUUUUUGGUAACUGGA